CCACCAUAUAGACCUGCACAUAUCCAAGAACACAUGGAAGUCAUCCAUCGUGCAGAACCAAGCCAAGAGAUUCCUGAAGUGAAUGGGUUACCUGCAAAGCGUCCUGGUGGCAUAAAGAGACAGGCUGACCCAUAUGACUUCGAUGAUGACAUAGGCACGGGCACUACCCCAAGAAACAUUCAACGGAAAGAUGGCUUUGAUAAGGAGGAGACCAAGACCCCUGGGAGUGUCCGUUCUUCCCAUGAUCCUCAGUCCCCGCUGCAACCAAAGAGAAACUGGAAAUCUUUAUACAAGUGAAGGGCUUCAAGCCUCACUAUCAGAUUUGGAUGUCAUGUUUGAUUCUGAUUCUCCAGUGGACGAUGUCGCAUUCCCUGACCAUACUCCACCUGGUUCUAACAAACCCCUGGGAGGUCCUGAGGAUACAGCUGCAGUUUUGAACAACAAGAACAAUGCUAGUGGUAACAAGACCAGUGUUAACACAAGCUUAGUGGAGUUGACAAAAUGUUUCCAACACCUCCCUCCCAUGAGGCAUAACCCAGACCAUGACACCACCAUGGAGGAUGCUGUGCCACAGACCACUUCAUUCACAGGAGCAGCAAACCUGCCCGCUAAAGACGAACCGAAAGAAAUGUUGGCUGUUUAUCGGCCUCCCACUCUUUCAAUGUUUGUUGGCUCCCGCAAGUAUGCUCCACUAACUAACCUACCAAGUCAGGAGUAUAAAACAAUUGUGACACUUCCUCCUGAUUGGGCUUACAAACCUUCAUGGCAGUUCCCAGUUGCUGAGAAGCCCACGGACCAGCUCCUACAUUGGGCCACAUGGGUCCUCUCCAUGGAGGUCCUCCAUCAACUGGACAAACACAGAAGGUGGGCUUGUCUCCAUCUCACCCAUAACUUCAAGUUUGGGUGGGCCAAGUGUCAGACAGUGGCCCAGGGUCUCAGCGGUGGGCCAGGCAGUGUGGGAGGCCCAGCUUCUGCAGGACCACCCAUGAAUUAUGAGCUACCAUCCCCUGCAUCCAACCAGUCAUCCUUACCUCAACAAGACACUGCCAUCAGUAGAGCCACCAAGCAUGGGCUUAGCCAAGUACCUGAAGCAAAUUCCCUUAUUGUUAACAUCGCUCUGCAGGACUCGAGCGUCAACUUGUUCAGAGAUCACAACUUUGAUUCGUGCACAAUGUGUGUCUGCAAUAACAACCAGAAAAUUGUUGGAAAUAUCCGUGGAAAGGAUGGAGCUCUAUAUUUACCACCUACCCAUCUUAGUUUAGAAGAAGAAAGUGCAAGUUGCAGUUGUGGUUUCUCUGCAGUAGUUAAUAGAAGGUUGGCCUUUCAGGCUGGAUUAUUUUAUGAAGAUGAAGUGGAUCUUACUGGCCUCCAUGAGGCUUUGGUCAAUGAGCGUAAAAAGCAGUCUUUACUCAUGCUGAUGGACAAUAAGAAUGCAGACAAUCCUGAACGUGAUACCAGUAUUCUAGAUCAGAUACCUCAGUCUAUGUACCAGCUGUUACAAAGCCAGUGCUUAGUAACUUUAAGUACUCCCUCUAGUGUCAUUUAUAGAUCAACAACAGUGUACCAAAAUAAUAGACGAGACAUUAUGCUGAACUUAGUGGAUUAUAAAGAUGGUAAUGAGAUUGCAAGCUUGGCUGUAGAACAGUCACGAGGUGUUAAUGUGGGUGAAGGUGAAGUGAACUCCUCUUCAACAAGACAUCAGUGCAUGCAUAAGUGGUGCUACUACCAGUUCGAUGGUCCCACAUGUUCUAGGGACAUAGUGCGUUGUAUGAAGGCCCUCCAGCCUCACCUACAAGAGGCCAUACAAAAGAAGGGAAGAUGGGUGAACUUAUUUAGUGUUGAAGGGCCCCUCACGUGGCGCCAGUUCCACCGUAAGGCUGUUAGAGGCAAUGAGGAUAUUGCUGAACCAUUGCCUAUUCCUAUGUUAUUGACAGGCCAUGACCGAGACUGGUUGUCCAUAGCACCACAAUCCCUUAGACACUGGGAAAAAUUACUUCUUGAACCAUACUCUCAGCAGAGGAAUGUGGCAUAUGUUGUGGUUGCUCCUGAUAAUGAAUUUAUACUCAAUCACGUGCGCACAUUCUUCAAGGAGUUGUCAUCUAUAUAUGAGUUGUGCAAGCUUGGUCGUCAUGCCCCUAUACAACGAGUCCUGAGAAAUGGCAUAAUGAGGAUAAGCAAAACUGCAGCAUCCAAAGUAGCAAAUGAGCCAUUGGAGGAAUGGUUCUCCCUCUUGGGUGACUCCCAUGUGUCCACCAACCUCAAAGUUUACGCACAGGUUUGUCGGUACUGGUUGGCCCCACACCUAGCAAUGCUUAGCAUGGACAAGAGUCUCUUUGAAGCACCAGGACCCAACAGACCUGCAGAGAGGCAAGCUCCAUCACCAAUGCCUCCUCCAUCAUCAGAAAACAUGGGGAGCACCAACCCCUCAACAACACCCACAUCAAACUCAGAGCCGGAGUCCUUCUCCUCCUCUUCCUCAUCUUCAUCUUCGUCUUCGUCUUCAUCGUCCUCCUCCUCCACAUCCACCUCAUCAUCUUCUGCAACUUCUACCUCUGGCACACAGCCAGGUAACAUCCCUCUGGGUGCAAGCCUAAAUGAAGUAGAGGAAGACGACUCCCCUCCUCCAGCCAUUCUUGUCUACUUGGUGGACCCCUUCAAUGUUGGGCAAGACCACCCUGACAUGCACCGCUUGGUCACCUUAGGGUUGCUCCGCUGCUAUGAACACAUGCUGGAGGGGUUGACUGAGAGCAUGCAGAAUAAUGUGUAUCUCCAGAUUGUCUCAUUGGAGAGUAUACUGGAGUUGGCCAGUGACUCACAUGACCGGUCCCACCACAUAGACCAGCUCAAGAGUCUGGCCUUCUCAGUGUUCAUGCAGUGCAGAAGAACUUUGACUCAUAAUGCAACAGUCAAGUCCCUAACAGGUUUUGGACCUGCUGCUGCUUAUGAUGAUUUCCUCAAGCCUAAGGAAGCCAGUCUUGCAGCAGAGGAAAAGAGGCAGGCUCCUUACCACAUAUUCUCCCCUGCAUACAUUGUUGCCCCCAUCAAAGAGAGUCGUGGUACAUAUAAGGAGGCACAGGAGGCUCUCGGAGCUCCACGUGAAAAGUCAACCAUCUUGAACUGCACCUACUGCCUGUCUGAAGAUCAGAGGUGGCUCCUAGCAACAGCCACUGAUGAAUUAGGGGAAAUUUUAGAGACUGUAACAAUCAAUAUAGAAAUUCCAAAUAGGACGAGAAGAAAGAAAGCUUCUGCUCGUCGUUAUGGCUUGAAGAAAUUGAUGGAUUGGAUACUUAGUGUGAUGUCUAUUGGUGUACAUCCCUGGCGCCUAGUCGUAGGUAGGCUUGGUAGAAUGGGCCACGGAGAAUUGAAAGGCUGGUCUUCCCUCCUGUCAAAGAAAUCUCUCAUACAGGCUAAUAAGAACCUGAGAGAAAUGUGUAAGCAGUGUGCAUAUCUGUUCCCUGGAGAUGCCCCAUGCAUCCUAUCUGCAUGUCUGGUUGCUAUUGAGCCAGAUUCAUCAUUCAGGAUGAUGCCAGAUAUGUUUACACCAGAUGAGAGAUUUGGACAGAAUAGCCAGAACUGUAGCCUGUCAACUCCACAAGAUCUCACUUGUACACAUAUACUGGUCUUCCCAACUUCUGCUACUGCUCAGUCAGCACAGCAGAGAUUCCAGGAGGAGACCACUUUCCACUUUGAGGGUAAUGGGUUGUUAUUAGAUGACGAAGAUCUAGAAAAUGAUAUAGGUGGUAGUAUAAGUGACAUUGGCAUGAGCAUGGGACUCAACAUCCAGGAUAUCCUUGGACUUGACACCGGGCCUAACCAGGAUGACCAGUUAGAAGAUGGAGGUGGACAAAGAGACUCCCUGUCCCAGCCUGGAAGUCCCACAGCUGGAGUUGGUGGUCGAACUAGUCCCUCACAGUUUUCUGGUCAAGCGCGUAGCAAUGGUAUAGUCCUGGUUGACCCUGAAGAGGAUUCUGGCGGUUCAGUGUUACAACAGCCCUUGGCUCUUGGUUACUACGUCUCCACUGCAUCCACGGGUCGGCUGCCGAGAUGGUUCUGGUCGUCCUGCCCUCACCUUGAAACAUCCUGCCCAGUGUUCCUUAAGUCAGCCCUCCAUCUUCACUCACCUGGAAUUACACAGUCUGAAGAUUUGAUCAUGAACACUACAAAUAACAAGGUCCACCCAUUGGAUUCUUCUAUCACCACUGAUGUCCUUAGAUUUGUCCUGGAAGGGUACAAUGGCCUCUCAUGGCUAGUCCUGGAUCCUGCCAAACAAGACAGAAGAUCUUGCCUGCCAUUACACAUGCAAGUUCUGUCUCAUCUGUACAAUGUGAUGGCAGCCCUUGUGUAACUACUGCUCUUCUGCAAACACCAAAAAAAAAAAAAAAAAAAGAAAAAAAAAAAAGAAAAGAGAAAAAAUAUAUAGACAAAAAAGCUUGGUAUAAUAGACCUGCCCUGGUGCAAUUAAUGGGCAUUGUCUGAAACAACUUAAUGAUAUUGUAAUUAAUUGCCCUUUGACAAAAAUUCUGCUUGACUGUUAGAUGUAGUAGUAGUUCUUAUUUGUUUAAAGAUUCUAAAUGACCAAAAAAUACUAGAAUCUCUAAAGACAAAUAUCCUUUGUGCAGUAUUUCUUGCCCAGGGCAAUAUGUCAUUGAGUUCCAAGCUUAGUGAAUUUUGUAGUGUAAAGACUGAAACAUCAUUGAAGAAAGGUUGAGGCUGUUGUAUUCGGCCUGUGUCUAACCAAAGCAUAUUUUACUCAAGCGAUAAGGAAGUAGAAAGUAAUAAUCAGUGCCUGGGUGGACAUAGAGGUCAAAGCAGGACUUGUUACUGCCUGGCCUGCCAAAACAGAAAAGCUGUGAAUAUUACCAGAUACCUAAAUGACCAAAGUGUUUGGGAAAUAGGGCUGUAUGUCUAAGAGAUGCAUAAUGAUUCCUAAUGCUCAAAGAAAGGUCUUACCUCACACAACUAGCAUUAUCUCAAAGAUGACUGUAAAUACUUAACUUAUUAUGGCCAUAAGUCCACCACAAUGCAAUCAAAACAGUCCUGCCUUAUGAUAACAUGGACAACCAUAGAGAAAUUAAUGGGUGGAUAAACUUUGAGGAGCACAAGAAAGGCAUCAUGGUGUAAAGAAAUGCUCAUUUCACAAUGAUUGUAAAAUGGAAUCACAAGUGUGAGUUAACGGCCAGAAUAAAUACAUAUGGGCCACUGGUAUCGUGGGCUGGGCGCCGUAAACCAGUGCAUUGUUAGUGACUAGUAUCCAAGCAGGAUUGUCUGUGAUAAUGAGUAACAGAUUGAAUGUACUUCGUAAUUGGAUAUUUAUGCCUUUUAUUAUUAACACUUGUUUCAGCACAGGUUGGUGCUGUUAAUUUCAAUAAUGUAAAUAGGCAGUGGUGUUGUACAAGCUGGGUGGGUUUGGCCUCUUCCACGCCCUGACUUGCUGUUUCCCAGAGGCUCUCAGAGUAGUAGUGUACAGUAAUGUUGAUUGUACACCUGUGUACAUGUUGCCUCAUGCACCUGAAGCCAAAUUGUAUAUAAAUAGUGUGUCAGGUGACUCCUAGAUUUGGGGGUAAAGGCUCGGUAACAGCAUCUCAGUGGCUUUCGGGGCCCCCUCCCUCUCCCCUCCCCGCCCCUCCCCCCACUGCUCUCAUGUACAGACUCUAGGUUAUGUGUACAGUGAGACACAAGUUUUACACCUCGUGACUGUUUAUACAAGUUAAGUAUUUUCCCCCUGAUGCAGCCACCUCCAAUCUUCAUGCAAAUGGAGGGGGUUGUGGUGUAAAAUAUUUCUGGCAGUAAAUUCUAUUGUUUAUUUUGAGACUAACUAUAAAAAACAUAAAAAUCAAGUAGCAUCUAAGGGUAGAUAGUUUAAAGAAAGUAUUUUACAAAUGGAACAUUUGUACAAGGAGUGUAUUUUAAAAAAUGGUUAAUAACCACAAGGGAAGAUGGCAGAAACCUUCCAACGGCAAGUAUCGGCUUCUCUCGUCCCUGGGCCUCAGAGUCUGGCAGUCAGGCAGCUAUCUCUUCCCAGAGCCCUCGGCCAUUGCUGUCUUUGCUGUCCGCCUCGCCGUAAACAUGUUGUACUGAACCCCGCCAGAAUGUCUUGGUACUGCAGUCCUCAUAUUUUGUCUCUCGCAGCAUGACAAAACUUUGCGAGGAGUCCAUCAGUUGAAGCAUUGCAGUGACUAUGGAACAUUAGAGGAAUGCAACAUUUUUUUUGUGAUGGUUAAGACACAAAUUCACGCAGCCUACAAUAAUAUGGGAGUCAUGCCUAAGGGUGCCCAGGUGGGUCGAAAGGGAUUGAGAAUGAAGACAAACUUAAUGCACUUUUAUGCAUUCUUCUGAGGUUGGGACAGCCUUACGCCAGCCAGGGUGUGUGUGGAGCAAUCUAUUUAUGUGCGUCUCGUUAUUUCUGACCUGCCUACCUGUCGACCUGUCUACUAAAAUGGAGUGUGUGGAGAUUUACAGUUGUGUUUACAUUUUUAAGGAGUAGGGUUUUUACAGUGAAAUUUUAUAUGUACUAUUUUAUUUCUGAACAACUUCUGACUCUAUGCAGUAUUUUAGACAAAAGAGUAUUUGCUUGUGUAUCAUCAGGUAAUGAAGUGACUCUGAUACAUGAAAGGCAAAGCUAACGUUGAUUCUCAGUCCAUUUAACAAAGGAAAUUCUAAUUAGUCAUUAUUUUUUACAAAUCUUCUUUUGUAUGGAAAAUUACAAAUUGACUCUGCAAUAACCAAGUUGACUAGAUGCAAUCACAUUUUUAGUAUUUGAGAUAAGAUAUGUAUAUUGUAGACAGAUUACAGGUCUUAGGCUGCCAUGGGGCUAGUGGCAGCUUCCCUCCUCUUCUUGCUCAACAGCUCUUCUGGUUUUACUCCUCUCUCUUUGCUCAACAACUGUCUGUCUGUCUGUCUGUCUCAUAUUACCGUUUUGUUUGAAGACUGACAAAUCAAAAGAAGUCCUUGAUAACAAGUAGUCUGAUAUUUUUACACAAAAUGUUACUUAGACUGUUCAUAUUAUAUUGAUCAUUAUUUUUGUUUAUUGUUUGUAAAUACUAUGGAAAUGCUUUUAUCAUCGGACGCCAGUCAGUUUUCUCUAGUUAAGUCAGUUCAAAUUUGUCAGUGCCCCAUUGCGUUACCUACUCUGCUACAGUGGCAUGUGACCCAAGCCACAGAGCAGUGAGGAAAAAAUGCCUUUAUUAUCUGUUGACUUUUUAAAUUACGUUGUGCAUGAUUUUGUAGGUGAUUAACACAGCCUCCUUGAUAAUUGUCAGAUGUUUAAUGCUGCUGCACAACUGUUAUCUAUUUAUUUAUUUAUUAUUUUUUUUCUUAUAUCAUUAUUAUUAGUUUUUUGUUUUUUUGGAUGAACUCCCUCCACUCUUUUUUCCUGUGUAUUGUUAGUUGUGGGUAGCUGCUCUGGCCAGAGUGCUGUAUGAGUGGUGGUGCGAGAAUGACAAGAGUGAAAGUUAGGGGGAGUGAGCUCCAACUCACCCCGCUGUCAUUAUUAUCAUUGGUAUAAAAUACAAUUUUAUGUGUAUAUAA